AUGGCGGAGAUCUGCUGCGGAGUAGUGAGCGAGAGUGAAACGUCAUCGAAUCCGUGCGAGCAGAGCUCACGUGCUGCAAGGCGGAGGAGGAUGGAGAUCCGACGGUACAAAUUCGUCUCCGGCGUGGCCUCACCGCCGGAAAAUGCCGAGAAACGCAAGAAAGUCGAGGCCUGCACUACGUCGGUUUCUCGCGACCUGGACAACGUCUUGGAGUGUUCCGGCUCUUCCGACGAAGAGAAAGUCGUUGCGAGCCAGAAGAUUUCGGCCAUGUGCCGGCCGUCCACUUCAUCGAACAUUCCAGAAGCUUCCACUGAGCUUCCGAAAUACGGAUUGGCUUCCGUUUGUGGAAGACGACGAGAUAUGGAGGACGCGGUGUCCAUACACCCAUCGUUUUGCCGACGCAGCCGAGAAACCGUCGGGAAAUUGCAUUACUUCGGCGUCUACGAUGGCCAUGGCUGCUCUCAUGUGGCAACGAGAUGUAGAGAGCGGUUACAUGAGCUGGUGAGAGACGAAGUGGAGAGCAUGGAGGAGUGGAGGACCGCCAUGGAGCGAAGCUUCAUGCGAAUGGACAAGGAGGUGGUUGCGUGGAGCGAAGGCGGCGGUGGGUUGAGUCAUUGCCGCUGCGAGCUUCAAACGCCCGAGUCCGAUGCUGUUGGAUCCACGGCCGUCGUCGCUGUCGUCACUCCCGAUAAGAUCGUUGUUGCCAAUUGUGGCGAUUCUAGGGCCGUGCUCUGCCGAAAUGGCAAGGCUUUUCCUCUUUCAGUUGAUCACAAGCCGGAUCGUCCAGACGAGUUGAAGCGGAUCGAGGAGGCGGGUGGCCGGGUCAUAUACUGGGAUGGUCCACGGGUUCUCGGAGUUCUCGCCAUGUCAAGAGCCAUAGGUGACAAUUAUUUGAAGCCGUACGUGAGCUGCGAGCCGGAGGUGACGAUCACGGAUCGGAGGGCGGAGGACGAGUGUUUGAUAUUGGCGAGCGAUGGCCUAUGGGACGUGGUGUCGAACGACACGGCGUGUGGGGUGGCGAGAAUGUGCCUGAGGGGGAAACGACUUGCUGCAGAGGAGGCGGAGACCGAUAGGUCGUCGUCGUCGUCGUCGUCGGACAGGGCGUGCUCCGACGCUGCGAUGCUGCUGACGAAGCUGGCAUUGGCCAGGCACAGCACUGACAACGUUAGCGUGGUCGUGGUGAAUCUGAGGCGUAACACGUGUCCUUGA